CUGUAGACAGCUUUCCGCAACUCGACUUCUUUUUGUUCAUCGAUCCUUUCAACUCACUGUGCCGUGUUUCCACUUGACUAGCUUCGCUAUGCCCACGAAGGCCUGUACCGAUACGCGAUGUGGUCAUUGUUUCACACGGAGGUGAGCUGAUAGUCUCAAGAGUUGAAGCUUCUUCAUAUAGGAACACAAACCUACAGCGCUUGUGCAGUUGGUCUCGGUUAGAUUUUAAAAAGUGGCAGAGGCAAAAUGGCCGAGGAUCAGAUCGACGGACAUUUUCUUAGUACAAAAAAGUUGACAAUUCCCGACGUCUCGCCGACCAAAUCCAUCACGCCGUCUUGUGAUUCGCGGUUUCUUAAGUUUGUCAAAGAGAAUGACAUCAGUGGGGUCAGACGGCUGUUUGCUGAAGGCGAAAUCAAUGACUUGACCGAGUGUGAUGAGCUUGGGCGGUCAGCGUUGACUAUUGCCAUUGAUUGCGAUUAUCUUGAAAUGCUGCAAUGUUUGCUGGAAUCUGAUCUGGAUCCAGGGGAUGCGUUAUACUACGCCAUAGAAACCCACAGCAUUCAGGGAGUGCAGACGCUGUGUCGUCAACUAAAAGAAACGAGAAGAGAGGACAUUCUGAACCGCUUUCCAGUGACUCCGAGUUGGCCCUCAACAUGCAAGCCAUUGAUACUGGCAGCAAGGCAGGAUAACUAUCACAUUGUAAAGGUUCCUAGAUUUAAGCAAGGCUGUGACCGCAUCGAAGCUAAUCUAGCAGCCCUGAGCACCAAGCUACUUAGCCUGGCAAGAGACAACAAGGAGGUGGCGUUGUUACUGAAUGGUGGAGACGACGAAGAGGCAGGGAAACCCAGGCUACCACGCAGACUGCGACAAGCCUUUGACAUCGACUUCAAAGAAUUUGUUAGUCACCCAAGCAGUCAGGACUACAUGAUAUCCCAAUGGAGAGUUCCAUCUCUGCAUUUUUUACGUCGCGCCAUGUCAUCUGAAAUCUUGUGUGACCUCAUCUACCUCCUGUUCAUGUUACUCUUCCCCGUGACAUGCAUCUUGUACAUUAUCCUUCCAGUGGAGGAAUUACGUAUUUUCCAGCGACCACUGGUGAGGUUUCUGCUUCAUCUAGCAUCAAAGUUAUAUUUUCUACUUCUGCUCAUCCUGUCCACAAUGAGACCGAGAGUACUGGUCGUCAGCAGUGGACAGUCAAUGAGCGAGAAUCUCACCGCCGACCAGAGGAUCAGACUCUACAUGAACUACAAAGCCAGGCCAUGGGAUGUAUUUACUAUUCUCAUAAUUAUGUGGAUUGUAGGAAUGACAUAUCGAGCUGUUAAGGAGGUUUGGCACCACAGCCUGAAGCGAUACCUCAUUAACAACAAGUGGAACAUUCUCGACUUGUUACAACUCGUUCUGUACUGGACAUUCAUCAUCAUGAGCGUUGUGUCAUAUGUGCAGGCUUGGCAGACAACACAAACGUGGGGGCUUGCAAAUGACGUCACCGACAUACCAGAAACAAGAAACGAAAGACAGGUCCCAUCGACACCAAUACCUACCCAGCCUGAUGAGCAACAGUUCUUAGUUAACAUGCCACAGACAACAGGUUUUCCCCCAGAUGCCGCCGACUCCUUUGAAGAUUUUGAUCCACAAGUUUUCCAUCAGGAAGGCUGGGACGUCAACGCGCCACUGGUACCGCCUUUAUUGGGAGGAGGCCCGCCAGAUCGUGCAAGCAUCCGUGAUGAUGUCAUACUUGGCAACUAUGAAAACGAGAGUCGCUAUGACUGGCAUGUCUUCGAUCCCCUCCUCGUCGCCGAAUCUGCCUUUGCCUUGGCCAACGUCUUGACCUACCUUCAUCUUGUUCAUAGCCUGGUGAUCCUGGAGAGUCUGGGACCGCUACUGAUCUCCUACAAGAGCAUGGUGGCGGAUGUCACCAAAGUGGCCGUCAUCUUUAUCUUUCUUGUCAUCUCCUUCUCUCUCGGCCUGACUCAGUUGUAUCGGACCUUUGAGAGAUUGGAUCUGCAGACAUGCAUGAGCAUCAACGACAAGUCAGAAUGCCCCGACAUGCCGUUUCUCUCGUUCUCUACCUCCAUGGAAUCGCUGCUGUGGUCGUUGUUCAACCUGAUCGACCAAAGCAAUUUGGCGGUAGACGAAGACCUGUACCUGACUGAAUAUGUCGGCAAACUCAUGUACUUGACGUUCAUGGUGGUGGCAGUGCUGGUGCUGCUAAACGCCCUCAUCGCUAUGAUGAGCAACACAUACACAAGGGUUGAGGAUAAUUCAGAAGUGGAGUGGAAGUUUGCACGCGCCAAGCUAAUGGCGGAAUACAUGACACCUAGCGUCACUCUGCCACCUCCUUUCAACCUCGUUCCAUCUUGCAAAUCAAUUCUCAGAGUCAUUUGUUGCCUCUACCGGAAGUGUUGUAAUCGUCAGCUUGAUCGUGGACACCGGACUUCUAAUGACAACAAUGGAACAUAUGAGCUGGAGACGAAAAAGCCAUCUUACUCAGGCAUUUAUACUGACUACCAGGUGCUCAGCCGAGCGCUUGCCGAGCGAUGCCACAGGGCAUCGCAGAUGGAAAAGGUGAAACAAAAACACAAGAGCAAAGCAAAGCAAGAAAUGGCCGCUCUCAAGAAGACAGUGGAAAAUAUCAGUGAUGAAAUGCGACAGUUACAACUGCAAAUGCAAAAGUUCAUGUACAGUAAGUAGCCACAGCCAUAAGAAGAUGACAAGAGCCGCUCGGAGUCGUUUCCUAGAAAAGACAAAUGAUUAUGUAAAUAAAGGUAAUUUGAGAAUUUGUGUAAUUUUUUUCUAGCUUUUUGGUAUAAUUAUUACAUAUGUUUGCAUUGAUAAAUAAUUGAUUGUUCUAAUUUAUUAUGGCUAUUACUAAUUUCUAUAUUCAGUACAAUUUGUACGAUCCAAAAAAAUAUGAGCAGUAAAGACCCAAAAUGUAGCAGUUGUCGUUUUGAGUUGUGAAUAAAUAAUUUUAAAAAAGGAAACUAAAAUGUGUAAUGGGAUGAAAAUUGAAAUAUCUGUAAAAAUCGAUUCAUUUUAAGUCAGACUUUACUAAUGUCAAAAAUUUCAUUUAAAAAUGUCAAAAGGAUGACAUUAAAAAGACUGUACAAUUCAAAGCUUGAAUUUUUCACAAUAAGUAAAAGGUGAUUUGGCAAAGUUUUUAAAAAAAAAAACUCACAACUUUAAUCAGGCGUUAACGUUAAGUAAUGAGUUUCUAUUUCAAAAGUAUAUACUAUAUAUUGUUUACUUGACAAGAAAGUCAAACAUUUGCCGUUCAGAGAAACGUUUUCGUUUGAAGGUCUCUAAAAGUUAAAGUUUAUGAAAAAAAAGGUACGGUUUCAGAAUGUUUUUUCUAGCUUUUUGGUACAAUUGCAUAUGUCUGCAUUGAUAAAUAAUUGAUUGCCCUCAUUUAUUAUGUUACUUAUAAUAUGCAGUAAUGACCCAAAAUGUAGCAGUUGUCGUUUUGAGCCGUUAAUAAAAAGAUAUAAAAUGAUAAUUAGAUGAAAGUCGAAAUAUCUUUAAAAAUUGAUUCAUUUUAGUAAGACUGUAUUAAAAUUGUCCUAAGGAUGACCAAAAACCCUGUAUAAAUAUAAUUCAAAACUUGAAUUGUUUUCAUACUGAGUAAAACGUGUUUUGGAAUUUUUGUUGUGUGCUUUUUGUAAAGUCAGUUGUUGUUAAAAAAAAUAUACAAACUUGAAUUGUGCGUUUUCUUUAACGAUUUUCUAUUUCUACAUUUGUCUGUACGUAUGUUUGCCUACUCGCCCCAAAAAGGCCAAGAUUUUGCAGUGCAGAGAGUGCAGGGAAAUGUAUUCGUUUUAAGGUCUCAACAAUUAAACAAGUUUGUCUAUAAAGAAAUCUGUUAAUUGAAUGUAAAUGGAAAUAAUGUUAUUAAGUUUCAAACUGCAAAUUGAGCAAGUUGCGAUGGUAACCCAAUUUGUAAAUACGGAGUUCUUGUAACGAACAAGAUAUAAAGGAGUUAGAUGUCUUGACAUGCGUAAACAAAUUGUACUUCAAGAAAUGUUGUAAAUCGAGGUUCGAUCAAUUAAACGUUAGUUGCUGAUAAAUGAUUCAAUUUAUUGAAAUGA